AGUUGUUUCAAGCUCGUAGGAUUUAUAUGACUUGUAGAAAGAUUGAAGUCAUGCGGUUGAAGUGUGCUGUAGCAGCGGCGCUUAUAUUAUUAAGCGUAGGUCCCCUGGAAUCCGUUUUACCGAAUGGAGAAUGUGAAGUAUGUGUUGGGUUUUUGGAUAAAUUUUAUACUCACCUGAAAGAGAAAAAUGCAGAUUUCACUCCUAGCAACAUAGAAAAAGAACUGAUUGCAGCUUGCAGCAAUGCAAAAGGAAAAGAAAACAGACUGUGUUACUACUUAGGUGCAACAACUGAUGCUGCUGCAAAGAUUACUGGUGAAGUGACUCGCCCAAUGAGCGCCCAUAUACCUGUUCCAAAGAUCUGUGAAAAACUUAAGAAAAUGGAUUUUCAGAUAUGUGAGCUGAGAUACGAAAAGAACCUGGAUUUAAACUCAGUGGACCUGUCUAAGCUAAGAGUUGCAGAACUGAAAAAUAUUUUGGAUCGCUGGGGAGAAGUGUGCAUAGCUUGCUUUGAGAAAACAGACUAUGUGAACCUUAUCAAAGAGCUAAUGCCCAAAUACACAUCUGGCAAUAAGGACUACAGAUUUGAUCUGUGAAAUAAUACCUGGACAAAGCCAUGUGACUAAAAUGAAUCAUUAAGCUGUGAAAGUGUUCUAUAUUUAUUUCAAUUAUUUAUUAAAGAUAUGUAAGAGUAA